GAAUUUCAAAUUGCAUUACUUUCACUAAUAUAAUUUUUUAAUAACUUAUUAUAUCAUCAAUCUUAAAAAUGGAUAUUCAAAUUAGAAAUUAUCGAGAUUUUUAUUUUCUAUUUAAUCAAAUAACGGAGAAUUGUUUCAAAAGAUGUGCCAAUCCAUGUCUUAAUAGAGUUAUAACUCCUAAUGAGGAUUUAUGUAUUAAAAAUUGUACAAAUAAGCAUGUGAAUACAAAUCACAAAAUUAUGGAGUUGUAUAUGGAAAUUCAACCUGUUUUAGUUCGUAAGAGAAUAGAAGAAAUGAAUAAUACUCAAGCUGCAACAAUGGCACAAUCAGAAGAUAAACAAGAAGUAGGAAUAUCAUAAAUUAAUUAUAAUUUUUUUUUCGAAUAUACAAUUGACUUCUUUAUUUGUACAUAUGUAAUAAUCUUUAUUUUUUUCCUUCUUCAUUAAAUUAAUGUGAUCAUAAAUUAAUUAUAAUUUAUGUUACGAAUAUAUAACUGACUUCUUUGUUUGUACAUAUGUAAUAAUCAUUAUUCCUUCUUUAUUAAGUUGAUGUUCUGAUCUUUAACUAUUGCUCUGAUGCUUAGGUUCUCUUUUUCUCUUUCUCUUUUUGUUUUCUAUUUACUGAUGCAAAUUGAAAUCAUUUUCUUGUUAACCCAAUAUAUCAUUAUAAAAAAUGUAGGUUUUAAUAUAAGAUUCAUUAUGAGUAAGACUCUUUUUUUCCAUUAUUUGGCUGUGAAAUGUAUCAUGAUCUCUCACACUUAAUUGUAAUGUGCAAGGACUUAUAAGUUUAAUUUAAUAUUUACAGCAGUAACAAUUAUAGUAUAAUAAUAAACUUUUGUCAAAUCA